AAACCGACCCCUCCGCCGAACACAACGCCCCCACCCUUUCUUCUCGGCCGCGCGCCGCGACACCGAGAAGCCGCGCGCCGCGUGGACCCGGGACCGCCGCAGGCCCCCGCUCCUCGCCCGCCCGCCGGAGAUGGAGGCCUCCGGCAGCUGGGACGCCAUCGACUGGAACCAAAUCGAGGAUCCGAGGUCGCGGAGGUCGUCGCAGGGCAUGGAGGAGUUCCUGCUGGAGGACGAGGAGGUGCACGCCCAGGGUCAUGGCGUUGUUCUACUAAACACAGACGAGGCUGGCACUGUUUCAGUGACAAAUUUCCGUCUUCUCUUUGUGAGCCAGGCAACAAAAAGCGUAGUAGAGUUGGGUACCAUCCCUCUAACUACAAUUGAGAAGUUAAAUGAUGAUGUAAAGCUUCAAUCCCUGCCUCGCCAGUAUGAUAAGAAGCAGCCUCGUGAACUUCUUCAAGUCAUUGGUAAAGACAUGCGAGUUAUUGUGUUCGCUUUUCGUCCUAGAACCAAGCAGAAAAAUGAAGUGUUUGACACUUUGAGAAGAUAUACUAAACCUGCUCAUCUGUGGGAUCUUUAUGCAUUUUCUUGUGAUCCAUCCACCGUUGAUAAGAAAUCCGAUCCAAAGUUGCGUCUAUUGAAGGAAUACCAUCGUCUUUUUAGGAAAUGGUUUUCUCACUCAUCGAGUAGUGGGCUUGAAGUUGAAAAGGAUUCUUUGCGUAACGCUUGGUGGAGGGUGACCUCAGUAAAUUCUAACUAUUCAUUAUGUUCAACUUACCCAUCUCAGUUGAUUGUUCCAAGGAGCAUAAGUGAUGAAGAUUUAUGGCAAGCUUCUACUUUCCGAGCUGGCAAGCGCUUGCCUAUUAUUUCGUGGUGUGACCCUGAAUCUGGAGCUGUCCUGGCAAGGUCAUCGCAGCCAAUGGUGGGAUUAAUGAUGAAUUUUAGGAACAAUUCUGAUGAGAAGCUUGUUUCUGCUCUUUGCACCCAAACUGAUGCCACCGGGUCUCCAAGGAAGUUAUACAUAGUUGAUGCCCGACCAAGAGCAAAUGCUUUAGCAAAUGGGGCAAAGGGUGGCGGCUCAGAGUCAUCUUCUAACUAUCCAAAAUCUGAGGUUCUCUUUUUAGGAAUACAAAACAUCCACACGAUGAGAGAUAGUCUUUCUCGUCUUAGGGACUAUGUUGAUGCCCAUGGAUCAAUCUCAUCCAACGGAUCGUCUUCAGCUGUAUCCCUCGUCGGAGAUCGGAGAAAUCGUGGAUCAACCUGGGGUGGAGGGAACCUUAAUAGCAUGACACAGUUUUCUUCGAUGUUGGGGGAAUGGCUAAACCAUAUCCAGAACAUCCUCGUUGGUGCUUCAUGGAUCGCUGCCCAAAUAGCCCAGGAAUCAGCAUCAGUUCUUAUCCAUUGCAGUGAUGGAUGGGACCGCACAACCCAGUUAAUUGCACUUGCUUGUUUGUUGCUUGAUCCCUACUAUCGAACGUUCAAUGGAUUCCAGGCCCUUGUGGAAAAAGAUUGGCUAGCUUUUGGUCACCCGUUUGCAGAGAGAAUGGGAAUUCCAACGGUAACUGAGAAUGGGGGGUCGCAGUAUGAGCUACUACGGCAACCUUCCCUUGGGAAUUUAAGCAGUUCGCCAAGCAGAAGUACUUUGGGGACACCAGGAUCAUCCUCUAAUACAUCAGUUCAAUCCCAGACAUCAAACAACAGUUCACCCAUACUGUUACAGUGGCUUGAUUGUAUUGCUCAGUUGUUACGCCUAUACCCAUCUGCAUUUGAGUUUUCAUCUAAAUUCCUAGUUGACUUUAUGGAUUGUGUGUUUUCAUGUCGCUUUGGAAACUUCCUAUGCAAUAGCGAGCGGGAAAGGGAGCAGUCUGGCGUUACAAGCUCUUGUCAUUGCAUGUGGACUUACUUGGCUGAUCUUCGGGCUUCUGGUGGCAACUUCCAUGAGCACUUUAAUCCAUUUUAUGACCCAGUCAAGUAUAAUGCUCCCCUAGUGCCCCCUGCUGCAGCACUUGCUCCUACCCUAUGGCCUCAAUUUUAUUUGAGAUGGACAUGUCCCCCUGAAUCACAAGGUGGCGGUCUUGAAUCCCAAUGGCAUUCAAUGAGUAAAAAAUAUGCAGACUCAAUUAAGGCGAAGGAGAUAGCUGAAUCAAGAUCAAGAGAUAUUAAAAUGAAGAUGGAAUCUAUGCUAGCAGACUUGCAGAGGGAGAGGCGUGCAAGCAGUUCAGCCUUAGCCAUGGCCCAAAGGGCUCGAAGAGAGAAUGGCGCCAUUAAAAGGGCAAUACGAACUAUAGGUUGCAAUGUUAAUUUCUCAAUGAACAAAAACCAAGUGGACAAAACAGAGGGGCUGUCAUAUUCAGUUCGUAGAGAAGCAGAUUCUGGAGCCCAGGAAGAUGAUAAUGCUGACUUGUCUGUAUCAAUCUCCGCAGUCGAGGACAGUUUGGUAUCAGAGACACCAAGCAACCAAGUUUGUGAGUCGCUCUGCCCGUUCCGCACAAGAGAAGGGUGCAGAUGGCCACAUGCUGCGUGCGCACAGCUAGGAAGCCAGUUUGUUGGAUUGAAAGCAAAUUUCGAUGCUUUUGACCGGCUAUCUAUAGAAGACUGCUAUUUUGGUCCAGAAUAGGGGUGACAAUGAGCUCAUGCCAGUUUGAGAUGCACUUGGCAGCUGCCAAUACUCUUUUUUCGUGGCGCCGCCUCCCAGUCUGCAUUAAGAGCAAAGGAUGUGCGCCGAGAGCAUUACUUUGACGUGAAGAACUCAAAAAUUCCUCUUUGGUGUACUUAUGGCGUCUGCUGGGCAGCUAGUGUUCGGCAUUAGGGGUUAGCAAUUGGUUAAGAGGCCACCGGCCCACCGGGGACUGAAAAAACCAGUCCUUUGUGUUGUAUAGUUUUAUGCAGAAUAAAGCCAGAUGCGAAAGAGUAGUAGUUACUUUACCCAUUUUUUGUUUCACUAACAUUCAUGACAUCCGGUUAAGCUUCUUCGAAAUAAGAGCUCAUGUACAUCCUGCUUAGGUGAAUAAAAUGUGAUCUGUAAACAUUACAUGUGGGUUGUAGCACUGUUUACUGAGCUCUUUUGAUGAAAUUAUUAUAAUCACAUUCUUUUCAUUA